GCGGCCCUUUCGCGCAUGCGCGGCGGGGACAAGUCUCUGGGCGUCGGCCCUCCCGCGAUCCGACUCCUCGCGCCUGCGCCCGCCUUUGUGCAGAACCAGAGCGGAGCUAUGGCGGCCGGGCGAGCGGCGCGUGGCGGGCAUCGUGUGCGCUCCCCUAAGGAACCCGAGCAGCUGCGCAAGCUCUUCAUCGGUGGCCUGAGCUUCGAGACAACAGAUGAGAGCCUUCGUGGCCACUUCGAGCAAUGGGGCACGCUCACCGAUUGCGUGGUAAUGAGAGAUCCAAAUACCAAGCGCUCCAGGGGCUUUGGGUUUGUUACAUACUCUACAGUAGAAGAGGUUGAUGCUGCCAUGAAUGCUAGACCACACAAAGUUGAUGGCAGAGUUGUUGAACCAAAGAGGGCCGUAUCCAGAGAGGACUCACAGAGACCUGGAGCUCACCUGACAGUGAAGAAAAUCUUUGUUGGUGGGAUUAAGGAAGACACAGAGGAGCACCACCUGAGAGACUACUUUGAACAGUAUGGCAAAAUUGAAGUGAUUGAGAUCAUGACAGACCGUGGCAGUGGCAAGAAGAGAGGCUUUGCGUUUGUCACCUUUGAUGACCACGACUCGGUGGACAAGAUUGUUAUUCAGAAGUAUCACACUGUGAAUGGCCACAACUGCGAAGUGAGGAAAGCACUGUCAAAGCAAGAAAUGGCCAGCGCUUCGUCCAGCCAAAGAGGUCGCAGUGGCUCUGGGAACUUCAGUGGUGGCGGCCGUGGAGGUGGAUUUGGCGGAAAUGACAACUUUAACCGUGGCAGCAACUUUAGUGGUCGGGGUGGGUUUGGUGGCAGCCGCGGUGGUGGCUAUGGAGGCAGUGGAGACGGCUAUAAUGGAUUUAGCAAUGAGGGUUAUGGUGGUGGCGGUGGUGGCCCUAGCUACUCUGGUGGGAGCAGAGGCUACGGUGGCAGUGGCAACUACGACGGCUAUAACAACGGAGGUGGUGGCUUUGGCAGUGGCAGUGGAGGAAGCAGCUUUGGAGGUGGCGGAAACUACAAUGACUUCGGCAGUUAUAACAACCAAUCUUCAAACUUUGGCCCUAUGAAAGGAGGGAACUUCGGAGGCAGGAGUUCUGGUCCAUACAGCAGCGGUGGGGGGGUCGCACUUGGAGGCUUGCUAUCUGAAAGGGGUCACCAGAACAAAAGUUUGAGACCCACUGCUAUAACGCCAUCUCCAAUUGCUCUCUCAGGUGGCUACGGUGGCUCCAGUAGUGGCGGUAGUUAUGGAGGUGGGCGAAGGUUUUAACUGCCAGGAAACAAAGCUUAGCAGGAGAGGAGAGCCAGAGAAGGGACAGGGAAGCUACAGGUUACAACAGUUGUGAACUCAGCCAAACACAGUUGUGGCAGGGUGUAGCUGCUACAUGAAGACAUGUGUUAGACAAACUCUCCUUUGCAAACAUAAGGACUGUAUUUGUGACUAAUUGUAUAACAGGUUAUUUUAGUUUCUGUUCUGUGGAAAGUGCAAAGCAUUCCAAUAAGGGUUUUUAUGUAGAAUUAAUUUUAUUUUUUUCCGCACCCAUGCUGUUGAUUGCUAAUUGUAAUAGACUGAUCAUGACGCUGAAUAAAUGUGUCUUUUUUUUAAA